AUGCUUGACCAGUCAUUUACAGGACGACAAGGCAUCUACAAGAUGAAGGUACUUGUUCUCGUUGCAGUCUUAGGCCUAGCCUGCGCGGCUACAAAGCCAAUCAUUUACCAGCCUGCAAAAGAAAUACUUCGUGGCAUGGCUUUGAAACCAGAAUUUCCGGACGACCUCCAUCGUAUUGUAAACGGACAGGAGGCUUCCCCCGGGGAGUGGCCCUGGCAGGUGUCCCUCCAGUACCGUCAGUUCUCGUUCAUGCAGUUCUCUCACAUUUGUGGAGGAUCCCUCAUCAGACCAAACUGGGUUCUGACCGCUGCCCACUGUGUCGAUGGAAUGUCACGUUCAAACUUGCGCAUUGAAGCUGGAAUCGACAAAGUUUCUGAAAAUGGUGCUACCAGAUCCAUCAGCAGAGUCAUAAUGAAUGCUUCAUUACAGCAUCCCCAGUACUCUUCCUCCAGUGGGGGUUACCCUAACGACAUAGCCCUGUUGGAACUCUCUUCAUCCGUCACUGUUGGCGGGGAUAUCCAGCUUGCCAAUCUACCUACAAAUGCUAAUGAAGAUUUCACCUACAUUGCUGAUUGCUUUAUCACAGGUUGGGGAAGAACUUCAGGAGGUGGAUCUGUCUCUGAUAUCCUAAUGGAGGCCCAAAUGACAAAUAUCGCAAAUACUGAAUGUGCGAACCUCUGGUCAAACGUCAAUGGUGCCGCCAUUUUUGACUCCCACAUCUGUCCAUACGAAUCCAACAAAUCUGCCUGCAAUGGAGACAGUGGUGGUCCCUAUGUUUGCAAAAAGAAUGGUGAUUAUAUGUUGGCUGGAGUGACGUCGUGGGGCAUUAGCACGUGCGAUGGAUCGUACCCGAGUGUUUACACCAGGGUGUCCAAGUAUUUGGACUGGAUGGCAAACUAUAUCUAA